UGCGCGCCAAUGUUUGAUGUUUGUCUCCCAGGCAACAGCAGCGCCGUUUUGAGCUGCAAGAAGCUGUUUCCAUGGCGUCAACCUCAAUGCAGGUGAACACACACAGCGCGGGGAACUGUUGAGCUCUGCUGAAAAUACUUCUUUUUUUUUUUGCAUUGCUUAUUAAAGCCAACAUUUACAAUGCCUAAGAAGAAAGGGAAGAAGGGAAAGAAAGGCAAAGGAAAGAAAGGGGGGAAGCCAGAGUCUAAAAUUGCAGAGGAGUCCGAUGCUGAGAAAGCAAAGGCAAAUGCUGCCCUUUGGGAGGCCAGGCUUGAUAUAACGGAACAGUCCAGAGUGGAAUACAGGGAGGCUGCGAGGAAGCUGGCCAGAGCCAACGAGGAGCUCACCAGCCAGCAGUACCGGGUGGAGAAGGACACUGUGGAGAUCAUUGCCUUUUUGAAGAAGAAGGAGGCUGAAAAAGACGAACAGAUUGCAAAAUUGCAGCAACAGUUGAGAGAUCUCAAAAGGCAGGCAAGAGAAGAGAAGGAGGAGCUGGUCAGCGAUUACACACAACAGCUGAAUGAACUGGAUGAGAAGUUCAAGAAAAAGUCGAAUGAGUUGCGAAUGGUCCAGAGCGAGAUGAAGACCAUCAAGGAGUUCCGGAAGAAAAAGGCUCAGAUGGAGAAGGAGCUUGAGGACAUAAAAGAGAAUUUAUACAUUGCAAAGAAGGAACACAAGGAAAUCGUGGCAAGAAUGGAACACAAGUUCUUUGGAGAAAAACUUCGGCUGGAGAAAGAGGCAGAAAAGAAAAUAGCACAGCUGGCUGAGAGAGCCCACAAUGAAGCUAUUGUCCAGCUGGAUGAUGCUGCUCGCUCUGUCUUCAAGGAGAACGUCAGACUUAAUGAAGCACUGAGCUACCACAUGAAAGAAGCAGAGGAACUGAAGAAAAUGACAGUGAAACUAGCAGAGGAAAACAGUGACCUUAUACAGAAACAGGUAACCAGCGAGCUGCUUGUUGAGGAGAAAGUCUCUCAAGUGGUACAGCUGAAAAAAGAGGUUGUGGAGCUGCAGAGGAAAGUGACGUGUCUGGAGCAGGGCCUGGGCCACAUGGCCUGUGAGUUUGAAGCCGAGACGAACAUGACGCUGCAGAAGGCCCUCAUCUCGACGAAGGCUGGUAAAGUGGAGAUUGACAAACUCCAGAAACUCCUUGACAUGAAGGACCGGGAGAUGAACAGGGUGAAGAAACUGGCGAAAAACAUUGUGGACCAACGUACAGAGGUGGAGCGGUUCUUUCUGGAGGCACUGGACCAUGCAAAGCAGGAGGUCAGAAGCAGCAGGGCACAAUACAAGCAGGCAGCCCAGGUAGCCUAUCAGAGGAAGAUGCAGGAGGCUUAUGCAGGAAAAGAAGAGCAUCCUAAAAUCAGGACUUUCACCAAGAAUGAACACAGCACUAACAACGUGUACCAAGACCUGAGGGAAGCAGAGAACUGGGCAAACGUGCAGAGCAACAGGGUGGACAUUUCUGAACUGACGUGGGAGCAGAAAGAGAAAGUACUGCGGGUAGUCUUUGCUAAAAUGAACGGACUCAAAACAAGGAAACCAGCACGAGACCUGUCUUUAUCAGCACCAACUGAAAGAAGCAUUAAAGACAAAGAAGAUCCUGGGUCUCUGAUUCAGGAUAACAACCCGAGUCUGACUUUCAUAACCCAGGCUCCACUGCCUGGGAUCCCUUCUCAGGGAAGCAUUCUCCCAGAUAUUCAGGCUAGCUGACACUGUCAAGAAGGCUUAUAUACCUCGGCCCUAUUCGACUGAACACUCCUGAACUGUACUAAAAAAUAUACAUAACCUUUAGAUAUUCUAAUACUGGAAAAUAGACUUGUGCAAUUCUUCAUGAAGUGUUCUAUUUUAACCCUUUUUUUUGAAAAAAACAAAUAAAACUAUUGUU